AACCCUUAUCCCCCUUCCAUGAACAUAAGAACUUUCCCACAUUAUCAUGGAAGCAUAUUUUUUCUGAUUGCCAAAGGGUUAAUCUAAAUAUCAACAAAUUUAAAAUUCUAAAAAGUCUUUAUCAAACGUCAAAACAUGAAACUAGAAUAAAUUUCUUACGAAAAACAAAGCGUAAAUGGAUGUAACAACAACUUUGGAAAUAAAAAAUACCUCGAUGAAAAGUUCGUCGUGGUGGAAUCAUUUAAUCGGAGGCGGAGUGGCAGGUGCGAUAUCACGCACAUGUACGGCGCCUGUAGACAGAAUUAAAAUUUAUCUGCAGAUCCAGACUCAAAAGACGGGAGUGAUUGAAACUGUACGCCAUUUGGUUAAAGAAGGCGGUGUGCUAAGUAUGUGGCGUGGUAACGGUAUUAAUGUUUUAAAAGUAACACCCGAAUCGGCUAUCAAAUUUACAGUAUAUGACGAAAGUAAACGGUUUUUGCGCGGACAUGAACCACGAUCAUUGACAGUUGGCGAAAGAUUUCUUAGUGGCGCUCUAGCGGGUAACGUUUCGCAAAUGUUCUUCUAUCCAAUGGAUGUAUUGAAAACACGUUUGGCCUUGGUAACGAAGGAAGAAUAUAUGGGUGUAAAGAAUAUGAUAAGGGAUAUGCUUGUAAAGGAGGGAAUUAAAAGUUUUUAUCGCGGCUACAAUGCAUUCGCUGUCGGCAUCACUUUGUAUUGUGGUAUUGAUCUGACUGUUUAUGAAACGCUCAAACAGAAUUAUUUGUGGUACAUGGAAGAGGAAAGCACUUUAAAUCCACUAAUUAUUUUAGGCUGCUGCACGUUAUCGAGUAGUGUGGGGCAAUUGGCAACGUAUCCAUUGGCUAUGUUAAGCACACGACAUAUGGCGACAGUUAUUCAUAAAGGUGAUGAGGUGCUGAAAAAAAGGUUUUUUGAAAAAAAUAUGUUACGUUUAUUAUGGCAAAUUAGUCGGAACGAAGGUGUGAGCGGACUUUAUCGUGGCUUGAUACCCAACUUCAUGAAAUCGAUUCCAGCUGUCGGCAUCACAUAUAUUGUUUAUGAAUACACAAUAAAUCUGUUAGGUUACAGUAUGACAUAAAGUUUGAAUAA